AUGGCCAGCGCCGCGGGCGGCGGGGAGAACCCCAAGCAUACCAACCGCCUGGCCAAGGAGCAGAGGGUGGACUGGUACCCCUGGGGGCAGGAGGCGUUCGAGGAGGCGCGGGCGCGUGACAAGCCGAUAUUCCUGUCUGUGGGGUACAGCACCUGCCACUGGUGCCACGUUAUGGAGCGCGAGAGCUUUGAGGAUGAAGAGGCGGCGCGGCUGCUGAACGAACACUUUGUGUCCAUCAAGGUCGACAGGGAGGAGCGGCCCGACGUUGACCGCGUGUACAUGACGUACGUCCAGGCGCUGACAGGGGGCGGCGGCUGGCCCAUGAGUGUGUUCCUGACGCCCCAGCUGCAGCCCAUCAUGGGCACCACCUACCUGCCACCAAAGGCGCGCGACGACGGAGGCCCCUCAUAUCAGGACCUGCCUGGUCGUCCCAGCUUCUCCACUGUGCUGCGGCGCAUCACCAACAUCUGGCAGACGCGCAGGGACGACCUGGUGCAGCAGGUCUGGCUGUGUUGGGAGGGGCGGGGCCAUGGUGGCUGCCUGUUUUCCUCGCAAGGGGCGGGGCUGUGA